AGAGAGAGAGAAAGAGAGUGAGAAAGAAGGAAGGAAAGAGAGAGAUUAGGCUGUAUCUGUGUAAUACAUUGUUUCCUAGUGUCAGAGUGGAUUGUUGUCUGAUUGGUUUUUCCAGUUUGAUUUUAGGUUGUCGCCAGUCCAGUCGACCCAGGACAUGUUUCUAGUGUAAACAGCUGUUAGGACAUACCCAUUUAAGUGACGUGUUUAGGUGGUGAGUGUGUGUGUGUGCAGAGGGAGACCUCUAUGUGAAUGGACUCAUUGAGUCAGUAUGAGGGGAAUGUAUGGAAGGCAGCAGAGUUUCACUGAUGAGUGUUCUGAGGCUUAUGUGUGACCGCUCACCCAGGAAAACUUCACUGCUGAGGACCUCUGUUUGACUACUGGAGCCGACACCACAGAGACACAGAGAGGAAUGGACAGAGAGGGAAGGAGAACUAACAAUCAUCUCUGAGUGUGUGGGAGACAGAAAUGCAGAGAAUCUUCAUGGAUGGAAUCUCAAACCUGUGGAUAUACAAGUGAGUGUCUGUUGAUAUCUGGAGCACCAAACAUGAGCAGAUUGCAGUUCAACCACUCUGACGUUUCUGCUGGGGCAGACAAACACCUUUCCUACCAGGCCUGUGCUGCUGUCGAAGGCUUCUGUGAUGAUUUUGACCAGUGGUUAAACUGCAAAAAGGAUUACUGGGAUUCUUAAACUGUCACCUUUUACUACAUACUACAUUUGGAAUAAUUCAACUCGCACUGGCCCAUUCCCCAGUGAGGGGAAAUACACAACAGGCUCCACAAUGGCCACCGGACAGUUGAGACAGAGUGGUGGUGUGAGGGACGUGAUCCCAGAGGAUGGCAGUGACAGGGGAGGAAACUGUGGCAAUGCAGGGAAGUUGGCUGGAGACCGGGGCAGGACAGAGUGGAGAAGGAUAAACCUGCCCAAAAGGAGUAAGAGUUUAGACUGGAGAGGAAGGGGGGCUAGCCCUGGCGAGGGGCUCAGGACGGGGCUGCUGAGGUGUUCUGGGAACCUAGGGGGGUCCACACUUAAACGAGCAGAGAGUUUGGAGAGUAGGGGGGCAGGAGAGAGCAAUGUGUUGUCCAGGGUGAAGGCCUUUAACUCAGUUGGACCAGGGGAAGUGAUGAGCCCCGUUGGGGGGUCAGAGUGUUCCCUUGGUGAAGGGGUGUCCCCUGUGGGUCUAGGGUAUGUGGCUCUAUCUCUGGAGAGGGCCAGUGGGGGCAAGUCCCUCCCCACCAGGCUGAGGUCUAGUCCAGGUCCUGGGUCUGGAACCAGAAAACCAGCCCGUGGAUCUCUUGGAUCCUCCAGGGGUCAGAGUAUCUGGGACCGGAUACAGAAGCUCUAUGGGACUACUGGACCUGAUAAAGCUACUAACAGAGAUGAGGAUGUGAAGGACUCAACCAGAACCAAGCGUCUCUCAGCACCGGUAGGAGACUGGUCUCUAUUGGAGAGGGAUGGGGGGGAUACAGCAGCCAAUUGCAGAAAGUCCACCACAGACUCUGUCUUUGUCUACCCCCUCUCCUCCCCCUUUUCCUCCACCUUUCCCUCCCCCCUCAGUGGUUUAUCCAGGGGGGAGAGGAACGGCCUGCUCUCACACACACCCCUGGUAGAACAGAACACCACACACACACCCCUGGUAGAACAGAAAACCACACACACACUCCUGGUAGAACAGAACACCACACACACACCCCUGGUAGAACAGAACACCACACACACACCCCUGGUAGAACAGAACACCACACACACUACACACACACCACAGAGACAUCAGAGUAGUGCAGUCAAGGUGUCUGGUUUGAGCCCCUCAGUGUCUCCAGUGUCAGGGUGGACCACACCCACACUCUCAUACAAACCCUCACACACACCGUUAGUGGAGGGGUCAUCAGUGUGCAUUAGGGACCCCUCACUAUCCCCUCCAUUAGGAGACAAACAGGAGAGAGGGAUUAAGGAGGUGACAAACACUGUGGGCAGAAAGAGUGGAAGUAGUGAAGACAGCGAAAAGGAGAGAAUAAGGGUGGGGAGCAUGGCUCAGGAAAAAGAGAAAUGGACUGACGUCGAAGGAAAAAGGCACAAGAAAAAGGAGGUGGAGAAGCGAGGGAGAGAUAACGCUGAAGUCUCUCUCCCCCAGCACAGACUAUCAGUGACACCCACCAGGGACUCUCCGCCUAUCACAACGUCCGGAGUAGGGGUCACCACAGGGUCAAACCCCCUCCUGACCAAUCAAUCUGACACCUAUGACAGGAGCAAGACCCCUGGUAGAGGCGUGGCCAGGGAACAGAGCCUGUCAGAAGAUGUGUUUGAAGCCAACACCCCACAGAGGAUAACAUUACAGAACACUGAAAAUACCAAGUUACCUGGGAAACUGGUAGUGCCCUCUGCAGCCAGUGUGAGGAACAAGAUCCACCAGUUUGAAGCUCUGACACAGACAUCUCAGGUCCCAGUGCCCAACUACCUGAAGCCCAGACGGGCUUUCUCUGUCCCGGAGCAGCUCAGUGAGUCUGGAGAGGGAGUCAGGAAGAGUGGGUUGGAUAGACAGGUAGGUGGGGUGGGGGGAGUAUGGGAGAGAGGGAGAGGAGAGGGAGGGAUUGUAAUUAUGGAUGGGGUGAGAGGACGAGGAGAAGGGGUAAGGAAGAGUGUGCCAGAUAAAGCACUUGGUGGAGGGAGAGGAGGUGAGGUAGUGCGAGAAGAGAGGAAGGCUGAUAGAGGGGGGGAGACAGGAGGAGUGGGGGAGAAUGCUGUUGGCUCUGGUAUGUUUUCCAACCUCAAGGGUAAACUAGACAUCCCUCUGAAUGGCAAAACCACCAGAGACACUCUGAGAGACUUUUCCAUUGAUGAGCCAGACCUCCCCAAUCACACAGUCACACCCCAGGACUGGAGUAGGAGAGGCACCAACACAAAGACUACUACAGUCACUGCCAAGGACACUUCAUCCACCCAGCUGCCUAACUCUAUGAACAACUCCAAUGACGUUCCAGGUGGCCCUGACCAGUCUAGGAGGCCUCACAGUAGAGACUCACCUAACCUGCCAUCUCCAGUGAGCGAUGACGACAAGACACCCACCAACACCCCCCAGAACUCCCCCUUCCACCCCCAGAACACACCUCCCACCUCCCCACACCUCCCCACUACUUCCCUGCAGCCUAAACACCAACAGGGUGUAGAUUCAGGCCUGGCUGCCCUGAAGAACCCUCCAGUCUCCACACACACAGCCCAGGGUAGGGUCACUACUGACCCUGCUAUCCCAGUCUCACACUCUGGCCUGGGGAGGGAAUCCCUGUCCCUUCCCCUCACCUCCUCCUCCCCCAGCAGCCUACCCCUCCUCCCCACUCUGGCUCGAUGGAACUCAGAGGAGGGGGGAUGGAGUGAUGAGGAUACUGAUGAUGAAGGUACAGAGAAGGACGAGGACUCCACCUACGACUCAGACUCUGCUGAAUCCUCGGUGACCGUCACCAGCGCCAUGAGCCAAUCACAUCGCAGGAGCUUCUCUCUCAGUCUGGCAGAGCUGUGUAACUUCGGAGAGGUGGACUAUGAUCCCCAGUCUUCCUCUGACAGUGAGGAGUGGCCGUCCAGCCGGUCAGCCAGCCGGUCAGCCAGCCUGUCGUCUGACGUGUCGGCACUGUCCUGUGUGUCUGUCCUGGGCAGUGAUGAGCUGAACCGCCUGCUGGACGACGUAAAGGGCCUGGGGGACACAACACUGCAGAACUAUGAGGAUGUCCAGGUGGUGGUUCUCCAUAAGGAUGUUGGUGUGGGACUGGGCUUCACCAUGGCAGGAGGAGUGGACCAGAACAAACCUGUCAUUGUCCAUAAGGUGUUCCCGGCAGGGGUGGCUGCUAAGGAGGGAUCCAUCCAGGAGGGAGACAAGGUCCUGUCAAUCAACGGCACAGCGCUGUGUGGCUCCUCCCACUGGGAGGUGCUGAGGACACUAAGGAGGGCACGGACUCAGGGGAUGGGCGUGGUCGUUUUGAGGAGAGGGGGGGUAACAGACCCCCGUAAGGGAGGAACAGUGACUGACAGUCGAGGAGGGACACAGACAGAGCCUGCUAACACUGGUCAGAGGAUGUGUGUGAGGCUGGAGAAGCGCAGCAGAGACCUGGGCUUCAGUCUGGAGGGAGGAGUGGGUUCCAGCCUGGGAGAUAAACCCCUCACCGUACAGAAACUCUUCCUGGGUGGUCCAGUGAACCAGGUGUCUCCAGGGGACGAGGUGUUGGAGAUCGAGGGUGUGAGCUUGGUGGGCCUGAGGAGGCUGGAGGCCUGGACCAUGAUCAGAACACUGCCCCCUGGGCCUGUGGAUGUGGUACUACACCGUCCUCACAAACCACAGUGACAGGAAUGAACAUUGAUAUGUACCCUCGAUAUGCUUAUAACAAGGCACUGAAGCAUUGUACUCCUAUGAGGUUGAAGUGAGGGUUGCCAAUCUGAUUCUGGAUAUGUGGUUCGGGUCAACUUCUACCUCAAGUGAGAGGGAUGAUAUGUAUUGCACCAGUCAUACGAUAACAAAGCACUGAAGAGACCAGUAAACAUUGAGGAGAGGGCCUGUCUGUAUAUAGGGUCAACCCAGGGUAUGAAGAGGGAGAGAGAGAUCAAUACAGAGGUCAUUUAUUUAAUUUUGUAGAAAUAUGCUUAAUGUUUCUUUAAUACCUAGUCUGCCCAUUGUUUUAUAUGAUGAAAUGUCAGGAGUUUGUAUAUGGCUGUAAUAUAUAUUGUGACUAGAAAGUUCAUAUCCGUCCUCUGUCUACUAAAUCCUACAAUAACCCCAUGGUUGAAAACGGUCCCUGUUUAAACACAGUACAUGGCGGCAGGUAGCCAAGCGGUUAAGCGCAUUAGGCCAGUAAUUGACUAGGUGUAAAAUAUGUUGAUGUGUCCUUGAGCAAGGCACUUAACCCUAAUUACUGCUGUAACUCACUCUGUAUAAGAGCAUCUGCUAAAUUACUCAAAUGUAAAUGUACAUUGUUUUACUUACAGGGGGCGCUAGAGGAUCACAUAUUAUCUGGCCACCUAUGCUGCCCACAAAUAUACUCUGUUCUCAGGGAUAAGUGUGUGUGUGUGUGUGUGUGUGUGUGUGUGUGUGUGUGUGUGUGUGUGUGUGUGUGUGUGUGAGUGCAUGUGUGCACGUGCAAUGAGGCUCUUAGGUGUAGUUUAUAGGCCUAUAUGUGUUUAUGCAAUGUCUCAUGUCUCAGUGACACAUCGCGUUCGAAUUACACUGAUUAAUGUUACUGAUUAACGUCACUCAUUAAUUAGCAACAGGUCAGGUCAGAAGGACGCUACUUGUCAAAAGACACUGCUCUUGGUGGGAUGGGUUCUCAUUGGAUGGGUCUCCCUCCCUGACACCUGACCAUGUGAUAAGAUGGCAUUAGGCAAUAGCCGAUGUAAUACUAAGCUUAGCUUUUUCUGCCCUUAACAAGAGAAUAAUGCCAAGUCAUUGUUUACUGCUCCCCAGUGUGACCUUUAGUGAGCUAGUGAUACUUCAUAACAUUUCAACCAAGCUGCGUUUCAUUAGUGUCCGUCUUCCCUGCGUCAUUAUCUCCUCAUUAUCGGUACUGUCUUUUUAUUAUCCUGAGGGUUUCAUCAGGGACUGUUCAGGAGAAGUGACUUUUCAUAACGUUCAGAUAGAAAUGUAUUUUCUAGAGCAGACACAUGGGUCUGUCAUGUAGCAUACAGAGUUGUGCCAGCUCUAAGCACAUAUUUUCUUCUUUAAUUUACCUGAAAUUGAAGGGCAGUUCACUUGCCUUCCUCAGUUGUGUUUGUUCGCUCUUUCAUUUUUCUCUGUGGUUUAUUAAUUACAGUAGAUUACUCAACACUGUUACAAGAGUGGUCAAUGUGGUUAUAUUGACCUAUCUUAUCACUCUGGUGGAGUUGUCAACAAAGGCUUAAUUAAUGAUUAGUCGCCUAGUUGGCACAGGCCUACAUUAGGUUUGCCAAAAGAACCAAAGGGCAGUGUUGUACGAUUGUGAAGUUCUUUUGAAAUGUACUAAUAAUGAAGAAUCAGAAUACACAAAUGGGCAUGCACGCACACGGACACAUGCACAAACACACACAUGCACAAACACACACACACACACGCACAUGCACACACACACACGGCACCUUAGGAGAUCAUGUUGUUAAAGAUGCUAAACCCCCCGGAAGGUCACAUGGUCCUUAUCUAAUUCCCUGUGGUAUCUUUAGGGUCAGGUGGGGUUGUAAACACAACAUACAGAUAUUAUACACAACUCUUACACAACGCUCACUCAAUAUUGAACUGCAUUUUACUCAAUACAAAGAAGACUAGAGAAACAAGGGAAGACAGUCAGAGAUGUUGCAAUACUUCAUUUUAAGCCCAGAUAAGUAGAUCUCGGGUUAAAACUAUGAUGAUGUUCUAAUUAUAUUUAUAUCGGACAAAACAGCGCAAAGGAUAUGCCUAGCUAGUUACCUUGUUAGCUUGGUAGCUUGGUAGCUUGGUAGCUAGGUAGCUUGGUAGCUUUCAAGAUAGCAAUAUCAAUCUGGUAUUAAACU